AUGGCGGUAGAUUGUACCGUUGGACUCCUAGACCGCUAUCAUGACCACUCGCCCCCCAUUCUAGGAGAAGAUGGCGAUUUGUACACUCUCCGAGAAGCAUUCCCCGAGGAUGACCAUCUGAAUUUGGAAUCGUGUAUCAGUCAUCGCGCCUGGACGCUGCAGGAACGGGUUCUAUCACCCCGCGUCCUUCACUUGACUCGAGACCAGGUGUUGUGGCGGUGCAGAGGCGACAACUGCGCAGAGGGUUACAAACCCAACCUCGAACGAGUCCAUGAGGAAUAUCGGGCUUGCGGUGCUGGCUGGAUUGUCGAUCGUGCCGAAUCCGACGCGUACCGGGCCCACAGGGCUUUUUACUCGAGCGGCUUGGACAAUCGCUUCGGUGCCGAUUAUGCUGCACAGACGUGGUGCCACUGCGUCUCCGAGUUCUCGGCACGCGCUCUCACCAAGUCUUCCGAAAAGCUCCCCGCGAUCGCCGGCCUCGCGGCCGUGCUUUGUCGGCCAGAGCUCGGUAAGUAUCUUGCCGGGUUCUGGGGGCGGGACCUCUUCCGCGGCCUGGCCUGGCGGAGAGCUACGUCCGACGGCAGGGCCGGGGAAGGAGUUUCGGCACUAUCUCGCCCUCAAGGCGAAGAGAACACCGCCGGCGAGUAG